CAGUGUUUUUCCGGAGUGAAUUUUUAUCUAAACAACGAAUAAAACUAGUGAAAUAGUGACAACUGAAGUGAUUCCCGGAACAAAUACUUGAAUUUCAAUUGUCACAAAGCAGACAAAUUUGGACUUUUUGUCGUGCAACAAAAUCUUUUCUUCUCAUCCCGAUUGUUUCUUCAAGUGCUAUAGUGUUUGACAUACAAGCUUCUCUGCUUUAAUAUGUUUGGGACAAUAAUAGUUAUGUGCCACUUGAAUGUUUUCAAUUGAAUUAACCAUCACCAUCAAUUACCCGAGGUUAGAAUUCUUUCCAUUAAAUUGGCGUAAUCUUCCAGGGUGAACAAGACCUCUAUGAAGUAAAAUUCUUCGAUUUGCACUCUUGGACAGUUUACCGUCCCUGUUUGACCUGGAUAUCUGUUUAAUUGAAAUUUAUCAAGGCUUCACAUCUUUAUCUGCCAGAUGUAAUAACUGAUGAGUAACAUAGCUCAGCCGACACCACUCGUGAUCCUCGAGGAUUUGCAGUCAAAUUUUACACCGAAGAAGGCAACUGGGAUUUAGUCGGAAACAACCCCCCAUAUUUAUUAUUCGUGAUCAUAUUCUCUUUCCGAGCUUUAUUCAUAGUCAGAAACGCAAUCCAGUAAUCCAUUUGAAGGACCCUGAUAUGUUCUGGGAUUUCAUAUCUCUUCGACCAGAAACGACUCAUUAAGUUUGUUUUAUGUUUUCCGAUCGUGGGACUUCAGAUUGUUAUCGUUUCAUGAACGGUUACGAAUCGCAUACCUUUAAGUUAGUUAAUGCUGAAGGCAAGCCAGUACCGAUGAAGGGAUUCGUAAUUUAGAUGCGGGCAAAGCUCAUCAACUUACUUCCGAUGAUCCAGACUAUGCAACUCGUGAUCUGUAUAAAGCCAUUUCUAAAGCAGAUUUUCCUUCCUGGUUCGUAAAAAUUUAAGUGAUGACCUUUGAAGAAGCAGAAAAGUUAAGUUCAAAUGGAACCCCUUUGAUUUAACUAAAGUCUGGCCGUAGGCAGAUUUUCCAUUAAUUCCAAUUGGCCGUAUCCGAAAUGUAAAUCGAUCUUGGACCGCAACCCAAAAGAUUACUUUGCUGAAGUUCAACAAAUUGCCUUUAGUCCAGCUUAUAAUUAACCAGUAACAUCACAUCGGCUAUCCUUUAUUGCAAGGCUACAAUGGAGGAACCAUCCAAAAGAAGAAAGUUAGUAGUUAAGAGGAGACAGUUGAUUAACAGAUUCAACCAAGAGUUUGCUAUGCUCGGUGGACAGCUGGACGGCGAACUGCUUGUCAGCCCACGCCAAAACGUUCUGCUGGUUGGGGAAGAUGUUGUGAAUAGCGCAGACGAAGAUGCCGAUGAUGAAAGAGAUGACAACGAGGACGCGCCGCUUUCCUUGAACAAUGACGAGAUGUCUGAGACUUCGGGCCAUUCAAGCUCAACAGAUGUAAACCAAUCGUCUCCAACAUCAAUCAAUUUCAACGACUUACCCCAAAGUCAAAAUGACGAUGAAAAUCAUGCUUAUAAUGAUCGUUCAGAAUCCUUGUUGGAGUCCGAUUCUGAUGCAACACCUCAAUCUACUACAGAUGAAAGCGAACAAUCCAGUGACGAAGGCAUAGACUUGGAGGAUUGGGACGACAUCGAUGCCAUUCUAAAUGCAGAAGCGGAGCCAAUUGAUCAAGAUGUGGAGCUGAAAGAGUUUUUGGCCGAUUGGUUAACGAAAGAAGACGUCUCGGGCGCAGCCGCCGACAGGCUCAUCAAAGGCUUGAAGGACCUUCGUCAACAAGGCCCCACAUUCGCUUUCUUGCCAAACUGUUCAAGAACCCUAUUGAAGACUCCACGCAAAGUAUCUGUUAUUCCGCUAUCGGGCGGAGGUGUUUACUAUCACUUUGGGUUAGAAAAAGGAAUUCAACAUCAACUUGGGCGACGUCUACUCAACAAGAUUCCUUCCGUCGUGAGAGGGCGCGUGAACACGGAUGGAUUGCCGCUGAGUAAAAGCAGCUUAAGUCAUUUUCAUCCCAUUCUGUUUCUGUUAGAAGGAGAGCAAACUCCUUUCCCUGUUGGAAUUUACCAUGGACAUCAGAAGCCUGCAAGUGCAAACGAAUUAUUGAGAAUGUUCGUGGAAGAAGCCUCCAGUUUGCAGAGUAAUGGCAUUACUCAUCGUGGUCUUGUACUUGGGUUUCAAAUCUUAAACUUCAAUCUUGAUGCUGUAGACCGCUCAUUUAUCUGCGGGAUCGUGGGUCAUUCCGGCUACUACUCGUGUCCGAAGUGUGUCACAGAAGGUUUUUAUUAUGUUACACCGGGAAAACAUAAAGGCAGAGUAACGUAUCCUGAUAUGGAAGCAGCACUACGAACUCAUCAGACAUUUGUAGACCGCGAACAACCAGACCAUCACGUUAGAUUGUCCGUAUUGGAAGACCUUUCCAUUGAUAUGGUUCUCGAUUUCCCAAUUGACUACCAACACCUAGUCUGUCUGGGAGUAAUGCGGAAGCUUCUCAAAACCUGGGUGAAACGAUCGACAUCUGUCCAUCUAAUCAGCAAAGAAAAUGUGGAAGAAAUUUCGCGCAGGUUAAUAGCGAUACGCAACUCAGUCCCAAGCGAAUUCGUUAGGCAGCCGCGCUCUCUUGUCGACCUUCUAAGGUGGAAAGCCACCGAGUUUAGACAGUUCUUACUUUACUGGGGCCCUGUUGUUUUGAAAGAUCUACUUCCCGCUCCAUUAUAUAACCAUUUUCUUUGCCUCCAUCUAGCAAUGAAAAUUUUGGUAUCCGUAAAAUUAUGUUUUCAUUACAACAAUUACAGUAAGCAAUUGCUUCGCCACUUUGUAUCUGAAAGCCGUAAAUUGUAUGGUCCUGAAUUUGUUGUUUAUAAUGUUCAUGGACUUAUCCACCUUCCUGAUGAUGUACUGCGUUUCGGCCCUGUCGAUAACUUCAGCUGUUUCCCGUUCGAAAACUUUCUACAGCAGAUUAAGAAAAAAAUUCGUCGCCGUCAAAACCCUUUGGCACAGGUAGUUAAAAGGCUGGCAGAAGCGGCAAGUUGUAAAAAGCUAUCCACCCCUGUCAACGUUCCUUCAUUACUGUUGUCUAAUCCCCAUUGUCGUGGCCCUUUACUUGAUGGUAACGAUGUUCUUUUCGAAGCAAAGCAGUAUAGAACUGCUGUACUUGAUCCCUGGCGAUUAACUACUAGAGCCCCUAACAACUGUGUCUUCAUCAACGAUGGAACAAUUGUAUGUAUUCAAAAUGUUAUGCAAGUUGGUAAUGAUGUAGAAAUUGUUGGUUUCCGUUUUCUCGAGCCCGAACCGCUUUUGGAAUCUCCUUUUGAUGCAAAUGGUGUCCUUCAAACGUACCGUGUGAAUACUAAUUUAAUCAGUCCCCUAAUAAGCUACCCAAUUGAAAAUGUAAAAUGCAAAGCAUAUGCGAUUCCUAUGUCCUGGCAAUUAUAUGAUUUUGACGAGGAGGCGGAAGAAACCAGCCAUUUUGCUAUUUUUCCUUUACUGAUGGAAGACAAGUACCGAUAGAAGUUAAAUAAACAAAUUUUCAUUGAAAA